AUGAAGAUCAAGUUUUGGUUGCCAUGGAUGUCAUCAUUGAUAUCCUUGGCCGAAACCAUAGACCUUGCUUCGUUGGCCAAUGACUGUCCAAUUGACACAGUAACCGUUUACUAUUCAUCGUUUCUUCCAUUUGGUAAUGGGGCAUCCAAAUCCCCUUUCACAUCUACAACCUUCAGCUCAACUUUACAAACACUACCAACUUCAAACCAGGAACAACCUUCAAAAAGAUACACGGACACAAGCGAGUCCUCGUCUCUUGAGGGCUCAACUCCAUUGGGUACUACUUCGACCGCCUUGGAUAGUUCCAGCAUUAUCUCUAUUUCAUCAACUUCAUAUGAAGCAUCUUCUUUGUCGCAACAUAUUUCUUCUGAAUCUUCUUCUUCCCUGUCUUCUUCAGUUGAAGUUUCCAGUGAUGUUCUCUCCUUUUCAUCUGAAAUCACCCUGUCUCAACCUACUUCGGCGGGUACUUCAGUUACUUUACAGAGCUCCUUAUCAACAACUUCCGAGAUCACAGUCAGUACCUCUGGUUCUACCAUAUUUUCUUCUGACUUGUCAACGUCCCCUUCAAUCGAUUCCGAGACAAAUUCCUCUCAAAGUAUCCCGUCAAUUUCAUCGCCAAUUUUAGCCUCUUCUUCUGUCUCUUCCACUUUUGUCUCUACAAUCUUGUCGUCAACAAGUUCUGACCUCACAUCAAGUAGUUCAUCAUCAACAGUUUCAACAUCGAUUCACAGUGAACCAACCAGUUCCAAUGUUACUCCAACUGAUAGUACAACAACUUCGCUGGCUUCGACACUUACCUCGCUUAAUUCCUCAUCAUCCAUAUUUACUACAUCUACGGGCAUUUCUAACGAAUCUUCAACUUCCGCGUCAACCUCAAAUGAGGGUACAAAAUCGUCUAAUUUUUCAACUUCAAGCACUGGGACAACAACAUCAGAAUCAAUAACUUCAACCCAAUCGAGACAUACAACCCCUAGAAUAUCAUCAACCCUCUCAAAUGAAUCUUCACAUUUCUCUGUUGUCUCUUCCGACACUACCGUGUAUUACAGCUCAUCAUCUGUCGUGGUGAAUUCUUCCACCAAUCCUCUAAACAAUGAGUCCACUAAUUCUAACAGUGUUUCGUCCCACACAACACCCACCACCAAUCCACCCACAUCGGCUAUCAAACCAACUACGAGUAAUCCAGACACAUUCUCGUCUAGUAAAGCAACAUAUAGCCUUACUACAUCAACUACACUCUCUGCGUCUGGUGCAUCAUCUACAGGUUCAUCGAGACCAGGUUCGUCUGGUGCAUCAUCUACAGGCUCUUCUACAGGUUCUUCCCAUGUUUCAUCAGGAUCCGAGUCCAGAAAGUCGAGUUCAGCCUCCAGUUCAGUGAAGUCCAGUGGUACAUUCUCAAGUAGACCAACGGCGUCAUCGAGACCAGGUUCGUCUGGUGCAUCAUCUGCAGGCUCUUCUACAGGUUCUUCCCAUGUUUCAUCAGGAUCCGAGUCCAGAAAGUCGAGUUCAGCCUCCAGUUCAGUGAAGUCCAGUGGUACAUUCUCAAGUAGACCAACGGCGUCAUCGAGACCAGGUUCGUCUACCGGCCCAUCUGCAGGUUCAUCGAGAGCAUCCAGUGCGUCUGGUGCAUCAUCUACAGGCUCUUCUACAGGUUCUUCCCAUGUUUCAUCAGGAUCCGAGUCCAGAAAGUCGAGUUCAGCCUCCAGUUCAGUGAAGUCCAGUGGUACAUUCUCAAGUAGACCAACGGCGUCAUCGAGACCAGGUUCGUCUGGUGCAUCAUCUACAGGCUCUUCUACAGGUUCUUCCCAUGUUUCAUCAGGAUCCGAGUCCAGAAAGUCGAGUUCAGCCUCCAAUUCAGCCUCCAGUUCUGCCUCCAGUUCUGCAUCAGUAAGACGUUCAUCAGCGGCCGCAGUAUCUAGUAACAUGCGUCCAUCAGGAACAUCCAGUGGUACAUUCUCAAGUAGACCAACGGCGUCAUCGAGACCAGGUUCGUCUGGUGCAUCAUCUACAGGCUCUUCUACAGGUUCUUCCCAUGUUUCAUCAGGAUCCGAGUCCAGAAAGUCGAGUUCAGCCUCCAGUUCAGAGAAGUCCAGUGGUACAUUCUCAAGUAGACCAACGGCGUCAUCGAGACCAGGUUCGUCUGGUGCAUCAUCUACAGGCUCUUCUACAGGUUCUUCCCAUGUUUCAUCAGGAUCCGAGUCCAGAAAGUCGAGUUCAGCCUCCAGUUCAGAGAAGUCCAGUGGUACAUUCUCAAGUAGACCAACGGCGUCAUCGAGACCAGGUUCGUCUACCGGCCCAUCUGCAGGUUCAUCGAGAGCAUCCAGUGCGUCUGGUGCAUCAUCUACAGGCUCUUCUACAGGUUCUUCCCAUGUUUCAUCAGGAUCCGAGUCCAGAAAGUCGAGUUCAGCCUCCAGUUCAGUGAAGUCCAGUGGUACAUUCUCAAGUAGACCAACGGCGUCAUCGAGACCAGGUUCGUCUGGUGCAUCAUCUACAGGCUCUUCUACAGGUUCUUCCCAUGUUUCAUCAGGAUCCGAGUCCAGAAAGUCGAGUUCAGCCUCCAAUUCAGCCUCCAGUUCAGCCUCCAGUUCAGCCUCCAGUUCUGCAUCAGUAAGACGUUCAUCAGCGGCCGCAGUAUCUAGUAACAUGCGUCCAUCAGGAACAUCCAGUGGUACAUUCUCAAGUAGACCAACGGCGUCAUCGAGACCAGGUUCGUCUACCGGCCCAUCUGCAGGUUCAUCGAGAGCAUCCAGUGCGUCUGGUGCAUCAUCUACAGGCUCUUCUACAGGUUCUUCCCAUGUUUCAUCAGGAUCCGAGUCCAGAAAGUCGAGUUCAGCCUCCAGUUCAGUGAAGUCCAGUGGUACAUUCUCAAGUAGACCAACGGUGUCAUCGAGAUCAGGUUCGUCUGGUGCAUCAUCUACAGGCUCUUCUACAGGUUCUUCCCAUGUUUCAUCAGGAUCCGAGUCCAGAAAGUCGAGUUCAGCCUCCAGUUCAGAGAAGUCCAGUGGUACAUUCUCAAGUAGACCAACGGCGUCAUCGAGACCAGGUUCGUCUGGUGCAUCAUCUACAGGCUCUUCUACAGGUUCUUCCCAUGUUUCAUCAGGAUCCGAGUCCAGAAAGUCGAGUUCAGCCUCCAGUUCAGUGAAGUCCAGUGGUACAUUCUCAAGUAGACCAACGGCGUCAUCGAGACCAGGUUCGUCUGGUGCAUCAUCUACAGGCUCUUCUACAGGUUCUUCCCAUGUUUCAUCAGGAUCCGAGUCCAGAAAGUCGAGUUCAGCCUCCAAUUCAGCCUCCAGUUCAGCCUCCAGUUCUGCAUCAGUAAGACGUUCAUCAGCGGCCGCAGUAUCUAGUAACAUGCGUCCAUCAGGAACAUCCAGUGGUACAUUCUCAAGUAGACCAACGGCGUCAUCGAGACCAGGUUCGUCUACCGGCCCAUCUGCAGGUUCAUCGAGAGCAUCCAGUGCGUCUGGUGCAUCAUCUACAGGCUCUUCUACAGGUUCUUCCCAUGUUUCAUCAGGAUCCGAGUCCAGAAAGUCGAGUUCAGCCUCCAGUUCAGUGAAGUCCAGUGGUACAUUCUCAAGUAGACCAACGGCGUCAUCGAGACCAGGUUCGUCUACCGGCCCAUCUGCAGGUUCAUCGAGAGCAUCCAGUGCGUCUGGUGCAUCAUCUACAGGCUCUUCUACAGGUUCUUCCCAUGUUUCAUCAGGAUCCGAGUCCAGAAAGUCGAGUUCAGCCUCCAAUUCAGCCUCCAGUUCUGCCUCCAGUUCUGCAUCAGUAAGACGUUCAUCAGCGGCCGCAGUAUCUAGUAACAUGCGUCCAUCAGGAACAUCCAGUGGUACAUUCUCAAGUAGACCAACGGCGUCAUCGAGACCAGGUUCGUCUGGUGCAUCAUCUACAGGCUCUUCUACAGGUUCUUCCCAUGUUUCAUCAGGAUCCGAGUCCAGAAAGUCGAGUUCAGCCUCCAGUUCAGAGAAGUCCAGUGGUACAUUCUCAAGUAGACCAACGGCGUCAUCGAGACCAGGUUCGUCUGGUGCAUCAUCUACAGGCUCUUCUACAGGUUCUUCCCAUGUUUCAUCAGGAUCCGAGUCCAGAAAGUCGAGUUCAGCCUCCAGUUCAGAGAAGUCCAGUGGUACAUUCUCAAGUAGACCAACGGCGUCAUCGAGACCAGGUUCGUCUACCGGCCCAUCUGCAGGUUCAUCGAGAGCAUCCAGUGCGUCUGGUGCAUCAUCUACAGGCUCUUCUACAGGUUCUUCCCAUGUUUCAUCAGGAUCCGAGUCCAGAAAGUCGAGUUCAGCCUCCAGUUCAGUGAAGUCCAGUGGUACAUUCUCAAGUAGACCAACGGCGUCAUCGAGACCAGGUUCGUCUGGUGCAUCAUCUGCAGGCUCUUCUACAGGUUCUUCCCAUGUUUCAUCAGGAUCCGAGUCCAGAAAGUCGAGUUCAGCCUCCAAUUCAGCCUCCAGUUCAGCCUCCAGUUCUGCAUCAGUAAGACGUUCAUCAGCGGCCGCAGUAUCUAGUAACAUGCGUCCAUCAGGAACAUCCAGUGGUACAUUCUCAAGUAGACCAACGGCGUCAUCGAGACCAGGUUCGUCUACCGGCCCAUCUGCAGGUUCAUCGAGAGCAUCCAGUGCGUCUGGUGCAUCAUCUACAGGCUCUUCUACAGGUUCUUCCCAUGUUUCAUCAGGAUCCGAGUCCAGAAAGUCGAGUUCAGCCUCCAGUUCAGUGAAGUCCAGUGGUACAUUCUCAAGUAGACCAACGGUGUCAUCGAGAUCAGGUUCGUCUGGUGCAUCAUCUACAGGCUCUUCUACAGGUUCUUCCCAUGUUUCAUCAGGAUCCGAGUCCAGAAAGUCGAGUUCAGCCUCCAGUUCAGAGAAGUCCAGUGGUACAUUCUCAAGUAGACCAACGGCGUCAUCGAGACCAGGUUCGUCUGGUGCAUCAUCUACAGGCUCUUCUACAGGUUCUUCCCAUGUUUCAUCAGGAUCCGAGUCCAGAAAGUCGAGUUCAGCCUCCAGUUCAGUGAAGUCCAGUGGUACAUUCUCAAGUAGACCAACGGCGUCAUCGAGACCAGGUUCGUCUGGUGCAUCAUCUACAGGCUCUUCUACAGGUUCUUCCCAUGUUUCAUCAGGAUCCGAGUCCAGAAAGUCGAGUUCAGCCUCCAGUUCAGUGAAGUCCAGUGGUACAUUCUCAAGUAGACCAACGGCGUCAUCGAGACCAGGUUCAUCCACCGGCCCAUCUGCAGGUUCUUCUAAUCGUUUGUAUUACCGUUCUUCACCGAGAAGUAGUGGAUCUUAUGCUACGAGAUCAUUUUCGUCAUAUAUACCGAAUACUUUGGUCACCAGGACUCGAUCGACAUCUACUUAG